AUGGAGAAACUGGGCUCCAUUUUCUCUCCCAUCUCACUAAUUAAACUCCACCUCCUAACCACUCCACUCUACCACACCACAACUCACCCAACCCUUCCAUUGAGGCUCACCCUCAACACUCCCUCCACUUACACUGACUCGGACCGAUUAAAACGUGUCGAAAGUCGGAAGCGUGAACGCGAGGAGGUGGGUCGGUGUCGCACGUACAACCAGCUUGGCUUGCCAUCACGUGUACUCGCCACCUCAAGGUCGUGGGAUGGGAAGGGGGGCGAUGAGUUCUUGGGCACCUUCAGUCGGAAGGAAUGCAUUCAAUUGAGGGUUAAGUUAGCAGCAAACGAAAAAGCAAACAACCUAAAACGCAAAAUUUGCCUGCAUUUAGCCAACGCGACAAGAACGUGUGACACGCACGGAGCCUGGGCUAACAGGACCGACUACUCUGCGUGUGUACUUACGGAGUCCCCGACGGAGGCAGGUGAAACGCUCUACCUGCAGGCAAUUUUCUGCACCGGUUAUUGCUUCUCCCUCCUCAGCCUUCUUAUUGCCCUUUUAGUUUUUCAACAUUUCAGAUCCCUACACUGUCUGAGGAACUAUAUCCACGUUCACCUUAUGAUCACCCUGGUGAUUCGUGUUGUUGCCUGGCUGACACUCUAUGGCACCACACGACUAAACACGUUAGUUGUAACGUAUCUCUACAACGCAACCACAUCGGUUCAGGCAUGGGCCAGUCUGGCAAUGCUCUGUUGGAUGUUCGUGGAAGGAGUCUACUUAUUAAACAUUGUCUAUUGGACCUUCCGCCUUCAUCAAGUCCGGAUUUGGCACUACGCUCUCUUUGGAUGGGGUGUUCCAGCGAUAUUCGUCACAAUUUGGACCACCAUUCACGCUGUCACUCAUCCCAGCACACGGUGGAUUGAAGAGAGUCAGGACUUUUACCUCAUCUCCCUGCCAUCUCUUAUCAUUUUAUCGAGCAACGCCCUUGUCCUCAUCUCCAUCAUCUAUGCUCUCAUCUUCCGACUGAAGGUGCCCAAGAACUCAUCGCCCCCCUUCCCAUCCCACGACCUUGAGGUGGCGAGUACACGUGAUGGCAAGCCAAGCUGGUUGUACGUGCGACACCGACCCACCUCCUCGCGUUCACGCUUCCGACUUUCGACACGUUUUAAUCGGUCCGAGUCAGUGAAGUCAUUGAAAGCCUGCCUGAUGCUGAUUCCGUUGUUGGGCAUCCCACAGGUGAUAUUUAUCGUCCCCUAUCAUUCAUCAGUUGUACAAAUCUUCACCUACGUGAAUGCCGUUGUCACGUCUACUCAGGUUCGGUUGCUUCUGCGCAGCACUCUGCAGAACGUGCUUCUACGAAAGCAUCUUAGAAGACACUGGUACAGUUGUCAAGCGACAAAUCGUCCGCGUCAACGAUCUACGGUUGAUUUGACCGGAAAAUUUGUUGUUGUAUCGGGGAAAGGGGCUUCAACUACUGGUUCGGGUGUUUAG